AUGUGCGCUUACUUUCUUACAAUCAUGUCGUCAUCACAACAGCAGUUACCGGUACGCUCUUACGGUGUCACGGAACCAAUUUCUCUUCGUGGUCCAGAUCCUAAUGAUUAUGAGUUGACACGCAAGCUUGAAGAAACGUUAAAAGACUGUGGUUAUUUUGAAUCCGACAUCGAAUCAUCACAUCGUAUUCGAGUUAUGACAGAAAUAAAUGCAUUGGUCGAAGAAUGGAUACGUAGUGCUUCACUGACUAAAAAUAUUUCACCAGAAAUAGCUAACACAGUAGGAGGCCGCGUAUGUACUUUUGGAUCAUAUCGUCUUGGAGUACAUUCGAAAGGAGGGGAUAUUGACACAUUAUUGAUUGCACCAAGACAUAUUGAACGAAUAGAUUUUUUUCAAUCAUUUGCAGAGAAAUUACGUCGCCUACCGGUAGUACGUGAUUUUCGUUGUGUGGAGGAUGCAUAUGUACCAGUUAUAAAAAUGACGUAUGAUGGUAUUGAACUGGACAUGCUAUUUGCACGAUUAUCUGAAGCCAGUAUUUCAAAUAGUUUAGAUUUAAAGGAUGAUCAAAUAUUAAGAAAUUUGGAUCCACGUUGUGCACGAAGUUUAAAUGGAUGUCGCGUCACAGAUGAAAUAUUAGAUUUAGUACCGAAUCGUGAAAUAUUUAGAGCUACAUUAAGAGCCAUCAAACUAUGGGCUAAACGAAAUGGACUCUAUAGUAAUGCAUUAGGGUUUUUUGGCGGCGUUACUUGGGCGAUGUUGGUAGCACGCGUGUGCCAGUUAUAUCCAAACGCAGUUGCAGGCAAGUUUGAAUAUAAUAUAUGGGCAUGGUCUCUGUUUAAAGACGCACGACUUGGAUUUCCAAUAUGGGAUCCCACAUCAAAUGUUGCAGACCGUUAUCAUUUGAUGCCCAUCAUUACACCAGCAUAUCCGCAACAAAAUUCAACACAUAAUGUUUCAUUAUCAACACAAAAAAUUAUUGUUAGUGAAAUACAACGUGGUUUAAAAACGGUCACCGAUAUCAUGAAUAAUAAAUUAGAAUGGAAAGAAUUAUUUAUAGGUUUAGAUUUUUUUCAACGUUAUAAACAUUAUAUUAUUCUGCUAUUAAGUGCACCUGAUCAAAGUCAAUUUCUGGAAUGGAGUGGAUUAGUUGAAGCAAAAAUUCGAAUUCUCAUUACACAUUUAGAACGUAACCCAUACAUUGAUAUUGCACAUGUAUGCAGUGAACAAUUUAAGCCGUCUGAAAGUGUAUUUGAACAAUCGAAGCAACAACAAGCAUCUUCUAAUCACACAUCGACGCCCGCGGUUACGGAUGCCGCAACAAUGGCAGAGGAUGCUGGAAAAUCUCCAUCUUCAGUGCCGUCUGUAACAAAUUUUACUCGUAUGUGGGUUGUUGGACUACAAUUUAAAAAUGUUGAUCGUGUACAACUAGAUUUGACUGACGAAAUACGUAGUUUUACAACUGUUGUUUAUAAAGCAGCAAAUUCUAGUUUAAUGUCACGCGAUAAUAUAAUUUUGGAUGCACGAUAUAUACGUAAACGUGAUUUACAUACAGUUUUACCACAUGGCAUAUUAAAACCAUCAAAUUCAAAAACAAAGCUCAAGAAUGUUUCACUUCCGCACGAGAUAAAUGAUACUACAGCUACAGCAAAAAUAGAUGGUCCUCGUACACAAUCACCAUGCUCAUCACCAUUACAACCACCACCACUAACAACAAUACCAUCCGUCGAAAUGAAUGGAUCUUCUGGUUCGCCAGCACCUGAUGACACUCACACGAAAGUACAAGAUCAAGAACCAUGCAAGGUUCAAAGUCCAAAAACCGACUCAACGCCAUUAUCGACACCAAUAACAAUGCGACAACCAAUAUCGAUUCCAUUAUCGACAGCAAUGUCCGUAUCCACUAACACCACAACACCAAUAACAACGCGACAAGUAAUUCAUAAUGAUAUAACAAUGAGUGAGGAUUUACAAGAUGAUCAACAAACUAUUUCUCAUGACAUCUCAUCGUCUGAUAAUAAAAAGCGUAAAUUAUCCCUGAUUGAAGAUGACGAACAUGUUACACCAUCAAAUGAUGAUAAAGCAGCAUGGACGAGUGAUGCAAGUAAUCAUCUAACGAAAAAAACAAUGAAAGAGCAACAAUCCAUUUUAGAAAAUGGGCAUGUAGUAACAAAUAAAAUAGUAGGUCAACCGUCAAUGUAUCCUUCUCCUCAUCGAACAUUCAUUAGUCAAAAUUCAAAUGAUAGUUCAGGUGAAAAUCAACCGUCCAUUUCAUCAACAAUACAACGUCAAAGAUCACAAACUGAUUCGAUGUCUCCACGUACAGCAACUUUUACGUCUACUAAUAUGACCAAUGACGAAUCGACGUUGAUAUCGCGACAACAGCGGCAUAUUGAUUUAGGAACAGAAUCUGAUAACAAUAAUUAUCGUCGAAAUUCAUUACCUUUAAUAUCAACAACGCCAGUUCGUUCCCCUCCACAUGAUAUGUGUGAUGAUGAUGAAAUACAUGGUAAACAAAAAUUAAAUACUCGAACAAUAUUAAAUAACCAUACAUUAGCUAUUAAGCUAAAUACUAAAACUUAA